GGGCGAGUCUCAGCGGCGGCGGCGGGUCCCGCCAUGUCGUCGUUCUCGGAGUCGGCGCUGGAGCGGAAGCUGUCGGAGCUGAGCAACUCUCAGCAGAGCGUGCAGACGCUGAGCCUGUGGCUCAUCCACCACCGCAAGCACGCCGGGCCCAUCGUCGUCGUCUGGCACCGCGAGCUCCGCAAGGCCAAAUCGAGUAGGAAGCUGACUUUCUUAUACUUGGCGAACGAUGUCAUCCAGAACAGUAAAAAGAAGGGACCCGAGUUUACGAAGGAAUUCGAAUCGGUGCUCGUGGAUGCUUUUUCACACGUGGCCAGGGAGGCAGACGAGGGCUGCAAGAAGCCCUUGGAACGGCUGCUGAACAUCUGGCAGGAGAGGAGCGUGUAUGGCGGCGAGUUCAUACAGCAGCUGAAACUGUCCAUGGAGGACUCCAAUAGCCCCCAACCCAAAGUUACAGAGGAGAAGAAGUCCCUGAAGAGGACGUUUCAGCAGAUGCAGGAAGAGGAGGACGAUGACUACCCUGGAGGCUACUCCCCACAGGACGCCAACGCCGGGCCCCUCCUGGCCGAGGACCUGAUCAAGGCCCUGCAGGACUUGGAGAACGCGGCCUCGGGCGAUGCCACCGUGCGGCAGAAGAUCGCCUCUCUUCCUCAGGAGGUUCAGGACGUGUCGCUGCUGGAGAAGAUCACAGACAAAGAGGCGGCGGAGCGCCUGUCGAAGACGGUGGACGAGGCGUGCUUGCUACUCGCUGAAUACAACGGGCGGCUAGCCGCGGAACUGGAGGACCGGCGCCAGCUGGCACGCAUGUUGAUCGAGUACACGCAGACCCAGAAGGACGUGCUGACGGAGAAGGAGAAGAAGCUAGAGGAAUACAAGCAGAAACUGGCGCGGGUCACUCAGGUGCGCAAAGAGCUCAAGUCCCACAUCCAGAGUCUGCCGGACCUGUCGCUGCUGCCCAACGUCACUGGCGGGCUGGCGCCCCUCCCGUCUGCUGGGGACCUUUUCUCUACUGACUAGGACACGGGGAGGGGGGUCUGCCUCGCCCGCCCACCUGCCCCCCCCCCCAGCAGCAGACCCCUUCGCCAGGAUGAGAGAUCCUCGCGGGAAGCUGACCUCGGAAGGGACGGCGGGCAGAGACACCCCCGCCGCCGUGGCCCAUCUCCAUCUCUGCCAAGGCUGCUGCCUGGCCUGGUGACUGGGAGGGGGGGGGGUAGGAAGUGGGCACGGGCACGGAAGGGCACCGCCUUUGUUUCGGGGUGGGAAGCGGACGGGCGUCCUUCCGCAGGAAAAUCCACACACCCCCGCGGGCACUUCCAGCAGCCGCAAAUCAUGUGUGCCCAGAGCCUUUGAAGAAUUUGGAUCUCUUGUGUAGCUUUGUUUUGUUUUGUUUCCCCCCCCCUCCUGUGUUUGGAAAAAGAAAAAAAAGACUGGAUUGUUUUGAGGGGUGGGCCAAUUUGGGGGGGGGCGGGGGGCUGUGGGUCAGGGAUGGCAGAGGCAGCUGCAUGAGGGAUCAGCCCGGGGGAGCUUCUUCCCCCCUCUUCACUGGGACAGCCAGAGCACCUACUCUCCCCCCCCCCAGAAAUGAGCUCGGGUGGCCCUUCCCCUGCUUUGACCCCUGGGGCCUGGGGCUUAGCAGAAGCCCCUCCUUCUCCCCCUCCCCAGUUUCCCAGGCUCCUCCUCCCGCAGCCUGAAACGGGGCUAAGUGUAGAAGGUUCAAAUCCGUGGGCUUUAGGAAAGCGUCUUCCCCCCUCCCCUCCAUCUCCAAAGCUGUGAAAGGUUGCCAGUUCGUUCCCUCUCUAGCUCCCAGUCUGUGUGUGUGUGGGGGGGGGACAGGAAUAGUCAAUGAGUACAUUUUCUGCUCCCCCCCUCCCCACAAUCAACAACCCAGGCCUUUGGAUCCACGCCCAGGUGGGACGAAGCCCUUUCCACUUUGCAACGCAGCCGACAUAAAAAUGCAAGCAUUCGUUUUGCCCCAGGACCCCCACCAAGGAGAGUGAUGGGGGCUUUCCUGCUGUUUUUCCAAAGAAAGCAACGGAACGACCCAUUCCGCCAUCGCUGUGCAUUUCCCGGAGGCAUCCUCUUGCCCCUUCUUUAGAGUGGGGGGGGGGAUGUCUCCAGCCUUGGCAACUUUUAGCACCUGCGGACUUCAGCUCCCAGAAUUCCCUGGCAUUCAUGCAUUCCUUUUCAUGCCUAGCCCCAUUACGGCCUGCUUACUCUCUUGCCAUCCUUUCCUCUGUAAUCUCUCCACUCUAGACCAGUGUUUCUCAACCUUGACAAUUUUAAGGCAUGUGGACUUCAACUCCCAGAAUUCCGCAGCCAGCAGUGGGAAGGGGCAAAAAAAAAAAAAAAAAACAGGCAUGGCUGGCUGUGGAAUUCUGGGAGUUGAAGUCUACCCAUCUUCAAGGCAGGUUGAGAAACACUAUAUUCUAGAUGAUGUAAAGCAGACAAUGGGCGCGUUUGCUAAAUAACUUAAGCUAUGAACAGAAACGUCCCAUCCAGAUUGGGGUCUCCAAACUUGGUUACUUUAAGACCGGUGGGCUUCAACUCCUGGAAUUGGCAAACUGGGGAAUUCUGGGAGUUGAAGUCCACCAGUCUUGAAGUGGCCGAGGUUGAAGACCCCUGCUUUAGAAGACUUUUGCUGCUCAAAUCGCUUUACUCUCCUUACAUAGAAGGGUCGGGCUUUCUGCUUGGUGCCCACAUUCAGCCCCCCCCCCAUCCCUUUCGGGGAGCUGGUCUGGGCCACGAGUCCCCACGUUCUCCGUCAGCUCAGCCCCACUUGGCAGAUGUGGCCCCGAACAUCUGGAGGUGCCCCCAGGUGGAGAAGGCAACUUCCGGUGGUCUUUAAGCCUGGAAGCCACUGGGGAUGAUCCCCUUCCCAGACCCCACAGCAGGGGGGAGCCCCCACUUUGCGCCCGCCGGGUGUGCAAGUGAGCGUGCCUGAAUCGCAGCGUCCCACGUCCGGCCACCCCCACGUUAUUCCAUUUGUGGUUUCGCCCUAAUUGAAAUCCAAGGGUCGAGGCGGGGGCUGUGGUGGGAGUCCCCCUUUCCCCUCCGCACUGUGUGGUCUUUCGGCUCUUGAUCUGAUCCGUCCCCCCCCCCCCGCCCCCUGAGGCAUUUUCUUACACCUGUACAUGAAUCAGUUUAGAGAUUUAGAGGGACAGGCUGUCCUUUUAGCAGCGGUAUAUUCUGAAAUGUCUCAUAAAUAUAUUUUUGAAUAAAGAGGGUGUCAUUCGGUGGUCGA